GUGUGUAAAGUAUGGAGGCUGGCGGUAGACAGUGGUGUUUCUUUUAAGAGAAAAACAACAACAUUACCGUGACUUUAUUUUAAACUUUGGAUUCGUUUAUGGUACCCGGGAUGGAACACAUACUGUGAAUAUCUGGUGACGACGAAGGGAGAGUAAAAGACUUCAAGAUGAACGGCUCGUCACCUAUGGAUGGCUACAGCAGUGACGGCCAACUCAACAGUGGCGUCAACACGCCAGUUAAUACCAUGAUGCUGAACAAUCGUUCCAUACCGCCCAUCCGUGUGCUGAGCGGCACGCCUUGCCCGCCAUCCAACGCCAACACCCCGGUGCCUACCAACCACACCAAUGGUAUUAUUAAGCAAGAGGUCAUCAGGAGCGAGGAGGGCGGGGUAGGCCAGGGGGUCCAGUUGCCCACACUGUCCAGUUACGGCCAGGCGUUGACCAAUGGAAAGACCCCUGAGAAAUCGCUUGCCAAUGGGAUCGGUCACGACGGUAUCAAAUCGGAGCAGGAGUUUGCUGUUGGAUUUCCUGCAUCGGAGUAUAUGGCAACCGUGGAGUAUUCCAAAAAUAGAGGUAUGUGGAAUGACUUAUCAAAAACCUGA